GAGAGAGAGAGGUAGCUGCGCCCGGACUGACUGCGGAACACCGAAGAGAAACGCUCUUAUGGACUUUUAAACGAGGACUUUUGAGAAGUUUCAUCCGCGCGUUUUUAUUGACGCUUUUCAUCAUUUAUUUACAGGAUUGUUUCGUGGCAUACCGGAUCCGUUGUAACGAGCGCUAUGGGAAUAUACGGUGUACAUUGAAAGGGUUGGUUCGGUUAGAACAUACCUGUGUUGACAUCGAUUUUCACUCCGCAUGCUGUUUGUUCCACCGGGUAGUUUAAACUGCAUAUCGAGCGGGCUCUGUUUCCACCUCUGUUCAUUGGGGCUACAGCCAUACUGGAAACGAGGUCAGAGAUACCCACCCCAGGUGAGUGAUCUGUUGGGAUGCACUGAGAGCAGCGAGGUCACCUGGGACACACCUGACAUGGAGGUCAAGGGUCAUCUCAUCUCAGUACCUGACCUGCUGGGUGGCAGUCCGGAGGCUGUUGAAAGGAUGACAGAACUACAGGAGAGAAGACGCAGUCUCGAGACUCUACUGAAUAGCAGACUGGCUGAGCUACGGAGAGUCUGUCUGCAGGAGGCGGAGUUGACAGGAGAGCUUCCUGGUGAUUUCCCCCUGGAGGCUGGGGAGAGACGCCCCAACGUUCGCCGAAGGGUCGGAUCCUACCGCCACGGACCCAAGACUAUUAUAAAGACAGAGGAGGAGGUGUGUCAGAGGAAGCCGAAGAAGGCGCUGUUCAGCGGUGCCCUGAGACGCCGUGUAGAUUCUGAUCAGCACCCGGCGCACAGCAAGAGGACUGUGCACAGAGGAUGUCACACGGAUGACACGGUGAACUCAGAGAGCAGCUCCACGUCUGAUUCUACAGGGGACCAUGACAACGAUGAGUCUUCGGGUGUGGCCCCAGACUGCCUGUCUCCGUCUCGGCCCCGGCUGGCCCCUGGUAAUGGUAAUGGGAGCAGCAGUAGUCCAGACAGCAGGCUGUGUAGGAAGCUUUCUCCUGUUGAGAUCUAUUAUGCGAUGAGGACCACCACGCAACCCAACUCACUGGCCCUCUCCGCCAGAAGCAAUAUGGAGGGGAGGAGUGUACCUACCACACCCCUCCUCGCUCGGAACGGACCAACAGGUGUCCACAACCACAUCAGGUCAGCUAUAUCCACAGUGACUACUACCAAGCAGUGGUCAGACAAUCCAGAGGUGACCCAGGUGGUUCCUCAUCAGUCUCAGGUCAGCGGCCACUCCCCUGGCCCCUCCUCUGGCCCCCCGUCAGGUUCCUAUGAGCAGGGAGGAGGAGGGGGAGGCGGAGUUUACAGUGAUAUCCUGAUGGACUAUGUAUGGGGGAAGCAGCAGCAGCAGAGACAGGUCCAACAGGUCCAUGGCAAUGGAAAGUUCCCUUCCUCUGUCCCUGUACCACCUCCGUCUCACUUCAACGGCUACCCCCACCCCCAGGGACAUCUCCCAGGGCCCCAGCACAUCUCUGGGGGCCCGCCAGCCUACUCCAGCCCCCUGAUGCUCCGGGGGAAACUUGGAGAGCCACGCCGGGUCAAGGUAACCCGUACCAAGUCAUGUGGUCCAUUCAUCCCUCUCCAGCACCACCAGAAUGAGGUACUCCACUUCUCCUCUUACACCUCCUCCUCUUCUGACCCUCCUCUUCCUCCCACCUCCUCCUCCUCCUCGACCGGGACCUCCACAGCUGCCCUGUACCCCCACCAGGGGUCUGGGAUUGAGUCCCAAAAGCACCAGCAUGGGUCGGGAUCAGGACCCGGUCUCAAUCUGAACCACAACCACCAGCUCGGACCACCCCAGUACUCUGACUCCGUCACCCCAGACGACCCCAUCCGCAGCCUGCACAAGGCCCUGGCUCUGGAGGGCCUGAGGGACUGGUACCUGAGGAACAGCCUGGGUGGAGUGGCGGUGAGGGGGGAGGUACAGGGGCAGGACAACAGGGGGUCCCCCAGGAGGCGUACCACGAACUCCCUGCACGGGUCACACCCUCAGCAUCUCCCACACCAGCCCCAGAUCUACCAGGGAGACCGAGACAGAGACUACCCUCCCUGCCACCUGCCACAGUCACAGACCUUCCACGGGCAUCCACUACAUGGCAGGUCUCUGUAUCAGGAGUCCUUCCCAUCCCAGAUGCAGGAGCUGACCCUGAAAGAACCCAGCACUGACAGAGGUGACCUGCCUACCCCUGGUACACUGGUCUAACAACAACAACAUCAGAGGUGAUCUGCCUACCCCGGGUACACUGGUCUAACAACAACAACAACAACAACAGAGGUGACCUGCCAACCCCGGGUACACUGGUCUAACAACAACAACAACAACAACAUAGGUGACCUGCCAACCCCGGGUACACUGGUCUAACAACAACAACAAACAGAGGUGAUCUGCCUACCUCGGGUACACUGGUCGAACAACAACAACAACAACAACAAACAGAGGUGACCUGCCUACCCCGGGUACACUGGUUGAACAACAACAACAACAACAGAGGUGACCUGCCUGCCCCGGGUACACUGGUCUAACAACAACAACAACAACAACAGAGGUGACCUGCCUGCCCCGGGUACACUGGUCGAACAACAACAACAGAGGUGACCUGCCUACCCCGGGUACACUGGUCGAACAACAACAACAACAACAGAGGUGACCUGCCUACCCCGGGUACACUGGUCUAACAACAACAACAUCAGAGGUGAUCUGCCUACCCCGGGUACACUGGUCUAACAACAACAACAACAACAACAACAAACAGAGGUGACCUGUCUACCCUGGGUACACUGGUCUAACAACCACAACAACAACAACAGAGGUGACCUGCCUACCCCGGGUACACUGGUUGAACAACAACAACAACAGAGGUGACCUGCCUACCCCGGGUACACUGGUCGAACAACAACAACAACAACAGAGGUGACCUGCCAACCCCGGGUACACUGGUCGAACAACAACAACAACAACAACAAACAGACAUGUUACUGACUGAAUGAUACACAGUCAUAUUGUAGAGCAACUUCAUGGACCUGCAUACAAAAAGGAAAAUAUGAAGGACAUUUAUUUACACAAUAUUUGUAUUUGUUUUUUCUGCACAUUUUUUGGGGGGAGAGAAUGAUUGAAGAAUGUGACAUUCUUCUAGAACUCAAAAGAGAAGUUGUUGUUCCCCCUCCUCCCCCCCCCCCUAAGGGAGCUUUUCUUCGUAGUGCAUCAUCAAAGUCGGAUCAUGCCUCUGAAGAUCAAUGACAAGGUGCUUGAAAGAGUCUAGCACUUCAAACAGUCUCUGGUAGAAAUAUAGGCCAGCGGAACAUUGCUGUAGUUUAUACAACCGAUCCAGGUGAAGGACGUUGAACAAGGUCAUGGACAGUGUUACAGGUUCCUCAACUGUUACAGAAAUACUGAAUUUCUCUAAGUGAACCAUCUUCAUCAUCAUCAUCGUCAUCCACAUAGAAUUUCAGGUAUUUAGUAGAGAUGACAAAUGGAUAAGGACACACACAACUAACCAAACAGAAAGCACACCCAUACGUUGUCACACAGACCCUACAGUACAACGAAAUCAGGUUGGUUAGGGAAUGGGAAAGAGAUGUCUGUGUUAACUCCGAUACACUGAUCCGUCUCAGUCUACAGAAGGAUCUGCAGUCUAUAAUCACAUUUCUAUGACAGACAGACAAAACAAAGGGGGGUGGCUUUUAUGUCAGCGAUGAGGUUUAGUCAGUUGUUUUGUCCACCAGAAACAAUCAGAUAAUACCAGCUCCCUCUAGCACACUGCUCUCUCAAUAACACACAAUAACCUGGACUCAGGGGUAGACGUAACAUAGUAAAGGUAAAUCCAGGACACUCCAAUUAGUAUGACAUGUUAAGUUUCAGAUGAUAUGUAUACAUUUUUGAUGUCCGUCACCCAUUUCGUAUGAUAUGUUACGAAUUGCAAUUCGUACAAUAGAUUACGAAUUUGCAAAGCAAAUUCCAAUUUGUUAUGGGUAACAUUAGCUAGGUGGCUAACAUUAUCUAGGCGAGGGGUAGGAGUUAAAGGGUUAAGGUUAGGUAAAGGGUUAGCUAAGUAGUUGCUAAAAUGCUAAAACUUUCAGGUUUGCUAGAUGUUCGUGUUAUACGCCCACCCAUCCACCCCGACCAACAACCCUACAUUCGAUUUUGCCUUAAAAUCUCUACAGGAUCGUGUGUGUCCCCCGCGGGACAGUUGAGCUAACAUAGGCUAAUGCGAUUAGCAUGAGGUUGUAUGUAACAAGAACAUUUCCCAGGACAUAGACAUAUCUGAUGUUGGCAGAAAGCUUAAUUUCUUGUUAAUCUAACUGCACUGUCCAAUUUACAGUAGCUAUUAGAGUGAAAUAAUACCAUGCUAUUGUUUGAGGAGAGUGCACAGUUUUGAAGAUGAAAAUGUAUUAGUAAACCAAUUAGGCACAUUUGGGCAGUCUUGAGACAACAUUUUGAACAGAAAUGCAAUGGUUCAUUGAAUCAGUCUAAAACGUUGCACGUACACUGCUGCCAUCUAGUGGCCAACAUUUAAAUUAUGCCUGACCUGGAAUAAUACAUUAUGGCCUUUCUCUUGCAUUUCAAAGAUGAUGGAACAAAACAAACGCAUGUUUAUUUUCUAAGUAUUGUCUUUUACCAGAUCUAAUGUUCUAUAUUCUCCUACAUUAAUUUCACAUUUCCACAAACGUCAAAAGUGUUUCCUUUCAAAUGGUAUCAAGAAUAUGCAUAUCCUUGCUACAGGCAGUUACAUUUGGGUGUGUCAUUAGCCUGGAAAUUGAAAAAAAAAGGGUCUGAUCCUUUUACUUUCUAUCUCAUGUAACCAUACCAAACAUUACAUAUCAUACAAAUUUGAGUGUCUCAGAUUUACAUGUACUAUAUUACGUCUAGUCUAUGAGACCAGGCUGGACACAAUACCAGCUAUCACCGGUCCUUGUAGGAUGCUCCACAUAAUCAGGACGAACAACAGUCAUGUUAUAUCCCUUUGGCUCCAUUUCAAACACGAAGGGGUGUGUCGUUCCAGACUGCUGCUUGCACUAGUGUGCCAAUAGGUGGCACCAAAGGGUGCUUAUAUUCUUUCCACAGCCCACCGAGCCCAGCCCACAGAUAAUGACAAUGGCAUAGAUCACCUGUUCGUAAUUUCUCUUCUCAGCUAAUCCGACCUUUAACCCCAAACCAAAAAAAAAAGAUGUGAUCCGGGUGUUCUACUGAAUAAAACAAGCACAAUAUUCUUAUCUAUGAUGAGCAGCAGGAUAGAGACACUUGGGUAAAGGAGGAUAACCUAAUUUUAAAAAAUGUUGAUCAUUUAGCAGACGCUCUUAUCCAGAGCAAUUUACAGGAGCAAUUAAGGGUUAAGUGCCUUGCUCAAGGGCACAUCGGCAUAGCUGAAAAAUAUUUGUCUUGGAUAUUCGAACCAGCGACCUUUAGGCUACUGAUCCACUACUUGCUAGGAUACCUGCUGCCCUAUGUAAAAACCAUGCAACCGACAGCUCAGAUUCAGGUAUGCACCUUAUAAAGGCAAUGUGGUAAACACUGCAUAUGUCAUCUCAAUCACAAAUGACUUUUAAAUGUUACAAAAAAUGAUAACGUGAAUCUUUAAAUUAAUAUCCUGUUCUUUGAAACUCAAAAACAACAGAAAAAAACUCAAGAUAGAAAAUGUAAUUUGAUUUACACAAUCAUUUCUUUGUCCCAUACUUCCUGCUGUUGUCGUGGAGAGGUAUGAAGGGAAUGUGAUUUGUGAUCAGGAUAAGAAUAUUUAGAAAUGUUUUUUUUUAAACAUUUUUAAAUACAACAUGGGGUCAUUACUGCAAACAUUCUAUUAUGUUUUUGUACUGCGUAGUUUUCCAUGAAUUGACAUGAAUUGAACCAUGAGACCAGCCAGAUUAAAUAUGAAAUCAGGUAUUGACCAUCCUCAGACCAAAACACUGGACUGGAUGAAUGGAUAAGUAUUGCUGGUAAAUCUACCUUCAUCCAUAGCAUCAAAUCUAUGCUGUCGUCUUGACCUUUUCCUGUUUAAGUCCAUGUCCAUCAUAAUUCAGUCAGAUAUAAAUCAAGUCACUGUAGCCCGAGAGCCAGUCUGUUUAGCUUGGGAGCCAGUCUGUUUAGCCCGGGAGCCAGUCUGUUUAGCCCGGGAGCCAGUCUGUUUAGCCCGGGAGCCAGUCUGUUUAGCCCGGGAGCCAGUCUGUUUAGCCCGGGAGCCAGUCUGUUUAGCCUGGGAGACAGUCUGUUUAGCCUGAGAGCCAGUCUGUUUAGCCUGAGAGCCAGUCUGUUUAGCCUGGGAGCCAGUCUGUUUAGCCUGAGAGCCAGUCUGUUUAGCCCGGGAGCCAGUCUGUUUAGCCCGGGAGCCAGUCUGUUUAGCCCGGGAGCCAGUCUGUUUAGCCCGGGAGCCAGUCUGUUUAGCCCGGGAGCCAGUCUGUUUAGCCCGGGAGCCAGUCUGUUUAGCCCGGGAGCCAGUCUGUUUAGCCCGGGAGCCAGUCUGUUUAGCCCGGGAGCCAGUCUGUUUAGCCCGAGAGCCAGUCUGUUUAGCCCGGGAGCCAGUCUGUUUAGCCCGGGAGCCAGUCUGUUUAGCCCGGGAGCCAGUCUGUUUAGCCCGGGAGCCAGUCUGUUUAGCCUGGGAGCCAGUCUGUUUAGCCUGGGAGCCAGUCUGUUUAGCCCGGGAGCCAGUCUGUUUAGCCCGGGAGCCAGUCUGUUUAGCCUGGGAGCCAGUCUGAUUAGCUUGGGAGCCAGUCUGUUUAGCCUGGGAGCCAGUCUGAUUCUGCUCUCCUGCCAACUCUUAAUGGAAUUGUCAUGUCAAACAUUUUCAUGUUCAGCCAAUGACAAGUCGGCAAAAUCAUAAACAGAUCUGGUACCAGGCUAAUCUCAAUUUAAUCGACCCUGUCAACAUUCCCAUAACCCAUAGACAGCAAUACAUACAUUUCUGUUCAGUAUUUUCCUGAAAAUAUUCAAUAGUGCUUUCCAUGCUGUAUUCUCAUCUAUGCCUAGACACUUUUCUAAAAGAGAUAUUGUGCUAUACAGUAGCUACUAAAGCAAUCAAUCUUUGUUCAAGGACUUAAGAGCGGACCCCAUUCAGGUAAAAAAUAAAUAUAUAUAUAUAUGGUAUUGUGACAUAUACAAGUUGCAACUAAAUCCAGACUGGAUCACUUCAUGUGAAACAGAACUGAAUUCAGUCUGGGUCUCUUGAUGUGAAAAGGAACUGAAUUCAGUCUGGAUCUCUUGAUGUGAAACAGAACUGAAUUCAGUCUGGAUCUCUUGAUGUGAAAAGGAACUGAAUUCAGUCUGGAUCUCUUCAUGUGAAACGGAACUGAACUCAGUCUGGAUCUCUUGAUGUGAAACAGAACUGAAUUCAGUCUGGAUCUCUUCAGGUGAAACGGAACUGAACUGAAUUCAGUCUGGAUCUCUUCAUGUGAAACGGAACUGAACUGAAUUCAGUCUGGAUCUCUUCAUGUGAAACGGAACUGAACUGAAUUCAGUCUGGAUCUCUUCAUGUGAAACUGAACUGAAUUCAGUCUGGAUCUCUUCAUGGGAAACAGAACUGAAUUCAGUCUGGAUCUCCAGGCUAGGCUGAAUUUGAUUCUCUUUAUUCCUCUUUUGCCAAAUGCUGCCAUGCUUGUCUCCAGACUAACUGAAAAUAGCUUUUCUGCUUCCUCCAUUUUGUAUUUACAACCAAGCUGCAUGACAACAACAAUCAAUUCAAACUGUUUUUUGACAAAGCAAACCAAUAUUUCCCUCAGGUUAAAUGAUCAAUGGGAGUAGUUGUUUAAUUAUGUUAAUGUCCCUACUGUAGUUGAGCACAAUUGUUUAUUAUUUUUAAAUUGCACUUCUCUUGAAAAUUUCUAUGGAUUAUUACUGUGAAAGAUUCAGAGUUCCUUCAGUAGAACUUCUUGUGACGUGAUGCUUCCAACUUCUUGACCAAAUAGCUGUGAUAUGAGCAGCUUACAGCGUGUGGUUUGUGUUCCAUGUGACAUGUUGUGACACUGGCACACAACAGUUGUCUGUAUAAAUCAACAAUGAUGACAUUUGACUUCACAACGAUGAUGUCCAGUUGAACCCGUUUGUGACGUGGUCCAGCUUCUCGGUGAUGGGUACUGAACAUUGAACACCAACACCUGUGUAAAUAGGAGGUUUUUCCUCCUGAAAGACAUGGGCAGUGGUUGACUACGUCAGAUCUAAACAUUUGCAACAGGGAGACAACAGCAUGGAAGCGUAGACUUGUUUUCUAACGUCUCUGAGAAGGCAGAGAAAUGUUAAUCAGACAAUACCAAAUGUUCUGUAAACACGAGAGGCUGGGAGGACGUCACAGCAUCAUCAGCUACAGAAUCCCACCAUGUCACAGAUAUAUUAUCAGAGUGCUCAGCGUACCUCUAGGCUGACAUCAGUCACCGUCAACAGAUAUAAGUUGAUUACAUAACAUACAUCAUUGAGUCUAGUGUCCCACAUAGAACAGACGAGUCCCACAUAGAACAGACGAGUCCCACAUAGAACAGACGAGUCCCACAUAGAACAGAUGAGAGUCCCACAUAGAACAGACGAGAGUCCCACAUAGAACAGACGAGAGUCCCACAUAGAACAGACGAGAGUCCCACAUAGAACAGACGAGAGUCCCACAUAGAACAGACGAGAGUCCCACAUAGAACAGACGAGAGUCCCACAUAGAACAGACGAGAGUCCCACAUAGAACAGAUGAGUCCCACAUAGAACAGACGAGAGUCCCACAUAGAACAGACGAGAGUCCCACAUAGAACAGACGAGAGUCCCACAUAGAACAGACGAGAGUCCCACAUAGAACAGACGAGAGUCCCACAUAGAACAGACGAGAGUCCCACAUAGAACAGACGAGAGUCCCACAUAGAACAGACGAGAGUCCCACAUAGAACAGACGAGAGUCCCACAUAGAACAGACGAGAGUCCCACAUAGAACAGACGAGAGUCCCACAUAGAACAGACGAGAGUCCCACAUAGAACAGACGAGAGUCCCACAUAGAACAGACGAGAGUCCCACAUAGAACACUGGAAAUCAUGUGUAUUA